GCACUGUAACUUUCUUUUUUAGUUCACUGGUAAAACCACUGAAGAAAAAAAUACUGGAGCGCCCAGACGAUGUUGAGCAUGAAAGCGCAGGUGGAUGUGGUCUGCUGUAAAUCAGUAGGAACUGAUCUGUCCAUGCUGGAUAUUGAGGAUUUCAUCACAGAAAUCUGUCAGCUGAAGAAAGAGGUGGCUUCACUGGAGGCAAAGCUGAGAGAAAGAGGAGACAAACUGAACAGAGAGGAUGUGGAGCAGGUUUCAGUGCGUGUGACUGAUGGGACAGAAGCUCAGGAUUCAGUCUGGAGCGUCAGAGAUCAGAGAUCCAGAGACACACAGGACUCAGAGCUCAGCCUCACUUUACUCUGUUAUACUGACGCUCAGGAUCAUGAAUCCACUGAUCAAACCUCUGACUGUAACGCUGGAGAACAGCAGAUGCUGCAGACGCCGCUGAAGACGUGCUCCGUCAAACUGGUGGACUGCAGGAACCUGAUAGAGAGCAGAGGAGAAGAAACCACCGCAGAGAAAGAACAACAACACAGUGAUGAGGAAGAAGAUCAGAACAAGGAAGAGGAGGAUGAUUAUUGGAUUGAUGAUGAUAAAGAUGAUGAGAAUGAUGGUAAUGAUGGGACAGAAGCUCAGGAUUCAGUCUGGAGCGUCAGAGAUCAGAGAUCCAGAGACACACAGGACUCAGAGCUCAGCCUCACUUUACUCUGUUAUACUGACGCUCAGGAUCAUGAAUCCACUGAUCAAACCUCUGACUGUAACGCUGGAGAACAGCAGAUGCUGCAGACGCCGCUGAAGAUGUGCUCCGUCAAACUGGUGGACUGCAAGAACCUGAUAGAGAGCAGAGGAGACGAAACCACCGCAGAGGAACAACAGAGUAAUGAGCAGAACAAUGAGAAUGGGAAUGAUGAUGAUGGUGACUUUGUUCCUUCAGAUGACAAAGCUGGUUCGUCUUCUGAAACUGCAUCUAUAUCCAAAGAACAAAAGACAAAGGAGAGUUUCUCCUGUGCCAUCUGUGGAAAAACAUUCAGCAAACAGUGUAAUUUAACAAGACAUGUCAGAAAGAAAAAACACACAGAACAGUUCACCUGCAAGAUAUGCAACAUCAGCUUUCCUACCUUCAAAGAGAGAACACUUCAUUCAAAGGAGCACAGCGUGAAGAAGGAGUUUCGCUGCGAACAGUGCGGGAAGGAUCUUUUAACCACUCUUAAUAAUAUGAGAGCUCAUAUAAAGCCACACAAAGAAAAGUCUCUUCAGUGCAACGAAUGUAGCAAGUUUUUCCGAACCAAACAAGAUCUUUCAAAUCAUAAGAGGAUCCACACAGGUGAAAAACCAUACAAGUGCCCUAACUGUGAGAAGAGCUUCAAUCUCAGAUCAGCUCUGAAGAGACAUCUACUCACACACAGCAAUGAGAGCCCACAUCAGUGCCCUCACUGCGAGAAGAGCUUCAACCGGGGAACUCAUUUGAAGAGACAUCUACUCAUGCAUAGCCAUGACAAUCCGUAUCAGUGCAGUGAAUGUGGAAAACCUUUUGUAAACUCAGAUUCUCUAAAGUUACACCAAAAAAUGCAUUCUGAUGACAAACCGUAUCAGUGUUUACACUGUGAGAAACGUUUCUGUCAUCCGAGUCACAUGAAAACCCAUGAGAGGACUCACACCGGAGAGAAACCGUACCUGUGCUCCGACUGCGGGAAGAGCUUUGCUAGUUAAUUUGCUUUCAAAGUUCAUCAGAGAGGUCACACGGGAGAAAGACCGUAUCCCUGUAGUGACUGUGGGAAGAGCUAUUUGAAGGCAGGUGACUUAAAAAUGCACCAGAUGAUUCAUACAGGUGAAAAACCUUUUAAAUGCUCGUAUUGUGACAAGACUUUCACUCGUUUAGACGUCCUGAAUGUCCAUGAGCGACAUCAUACAGGAGAGAAACCUUUCUGCUGCUCCAUCUGCGGUGAGAGAUUUGCUUUGAAAUGGGGGUUUAAGACGCACCAGAAGAAACACGCUGCUCAAAAAUCAUCAUAGUUUCAUCAUGUAAUUAUUUUUAGGUUGUGUAAAAAAACACCAUAUACUAGUGCUACGGGAACAUUGUUUUAUGGUUGUAAAAAAUAAACCCUAAAACAAGAAUGUCUCUCGAACAUUAUUUACUGGGUAGAAAUAAAUUAUUUGGAUUAAAUAUUCACUGCAAUGUGCAGAUCAGUGUCUAAUAUUGGAUUUUUGAACUGAGCUGGAUGAUGAUGACAU